CAGCACAGAGGAACGAUGCGAAAGAAGGAUUGGUAGGCUUACUACGCAAGAUUGAUUCAUUAUGGAUUUUGAUGAGCGGGUCCCAGUUGGGUCUAAUAUGUAUUUGCCCGGCAGCUGCACCUAUUACGUCUCCGGAACAGACUUCCCUAGUCUCCCUUCGUUUAUGUCCCACCAGAGUCAGUCGUCUUGUCCCAUGACAUAUUCCUACCAAUCUUCAACUCUACCACAGGUUCCGUCCGUCAGAGAGGUAGCUUUCAGGGACUAUGGGAUUGAUACCUCCAGUAAAUGGCACCACUAUAGGGGAAGUCUGUCACACUGCUACCCUACAGAGGACAUUGUUCAUAGAGACUGUCUAUCAAGCUCGACGUCUUUGGGGGAAAGAUUCGCGAAAAACAACUCCAGUGGUGCCUAUCAUUCCAACUCCAAUCCCACGUCAGGGCUAUAUGGCAGUGUGAGAAGGAAUGGUGUGCUACCACAAGCCUUUGAUCAGUUUUUCGAUAAUGCCUACGCGAGUGCAGACACGGCACCGACAAACGAACACUCUGCGGACAGAACUGCCAACAAACUACCUACAGUUCCGGCGAACGACUCCGACACGUGCCGGGAUACAGACGACAGAACGCCGCGCGAGGAGAGCUGCAGCCCGGUGUCUUCUUCCGGCAACAAUGAGGAGAAAUAUAGCGGCCGCAUUGGACAGAGAACGCGUAAGAAGAGAUGUCCAUACACAAAAUACCAAAUCAGGGAACUGGAGAGGGAAUUCUUUUUUAGUGUUUACAUCAACAAGGAGAAACGUCUUCAACUUUCGAGGAUGCUCAAUCUCACCGACCGUCAAGUGAAAAUUUGGUUUCAAAACAGGAGAAUGAAAGAGAAGAAACUAAAUAGAGACCGUUUGCAGUAUUAUACCACAAACCCUUUGCUGUAACUCUUGAUGGAUGGUGUCUUCCUCUCAGACAAGGCAUGAAGCUCAAUGGCUAAUUUCAAGUUCGUUACUUGCCUACUGUCUGUAAAUUCCAACGUCUUCAGUCUGAAAGACGAACAUUAAUGGGCCGACAUGUAUAGAUUUCUUUGUCCAACACAAUAACUACGGUUAAAAUGUUGUCUUGUUAUUGUUAUCAGGUAUUUUAAAUAUUCGUUGUUCUUGUUCAUAGUAGUGUAAUGAUAAUUUAAUUUAGCUAUUUUGUUGUUACGAAGUGUUUGUUACCAAAAGACAACAUGUAUAUUUGAGUUGUGCCAGUAUAUAAAGUCAGAAUUUUCCUGUAAAUAAUUUUCCUCCAAAGCUUAAUGCAUGAAUUUACGCCCAUUAUUGCCUUUUUUAUGUCAAAUUCGAACUGUUACACAUUUGUCAUUGCAUUUGUUAAUAUGUACUAUGCACCUACAAAGGGGAAACUUAUUUUCAAGGUGAGAAGGCAUGAUUUAUGAUUUAAUCUGUGUUGCUUUGGUUGUUUGUUGUCGCCAUGCAUUACUGACGAACAGAAGAAGUCUAAAGCUGAAUAUAGGCCUAACGCUUAAGCAUUGAUUGUCCUUGCUUUUAUUCUCGUUAAAUAUUCGACAUAAUACAAAUGUUGUAUAGUAAAAAAAAAAAUUCAAUCAACACUGAUACUUUAAAGUGAGAGUUUUGUAUAGGCUAUAGCCUAAGUUCUAAAUGUCAGAACAUGUCAGUCAUUUGUCUGCGUUUUAGCAAGAGAGAAGUUGAUCUGAUCCAUUGGGCCCAAUUUGCCUAUUUAUAGGACAUGUUAGCUGUGUUGGAUUUUUAAUUGUUUGUCCUCAUCUUUUAGCCUUUUAAAAUGUUACUCUAUGUAAACGACUGUUUUUUUCAACACACCUCGGAGAGACGAGUGUUCGAGAUUGUUACAUGUGUUGGCUUAGAAUUUCUAAUUGGGAUGAAUAAGGGUAGGCUAUAUGAUAUCGAGAAUAUAUCUACUUGUGUGUUUCAACAUAAAACGUGUCUGGACAGGGUCAUAUCAAAUGUAUGAUGUAUUAGACUUUAUAUUGCCUACAUGAGCCGAAAUGGGAUCUGUUGCAAUUUCCGUUAAAUAUCCAUUACGGAACUUCCACCCAAAGGUUGACCAGCACGUUCUUUUUUAUUCAACUUUAUGUACCACCCUAAACCAUCUAUCACUGGACGACUUUUAUAUCUUCUGCAGUGUAAAUGGCCCACUUAAACGUAAUAGUUUAAAAACAAUAGGCCUACUAAAAGAGGAUAUAUAUAUAUAUAUCUUAUAUUACAUAGCCUAAAUAAAAUAGCUAAGGUUGCCUACAUUGAAAUACCGUGAUUCAUCGUUGUUUUCUCAUUUAGGCUGUUGACAAUUUUAGGCCAAUUUAUGUGCUAUUGUGUAUUUGCCUAAAUUAAAGAUGACUGAUGUUUAUCAAUAUUUCGUUUACUGUCAACGUCUGUAUUUACGUUCAUGAAUAGUGAGAAGAACCAUUUUGAGGGGUGGCAGUCAUAAGCUGAUAGUAGUGUAGCAUAUAGGC